AGCCUUCAUCAGAAUCGCCAUUAAGAUGAAGCUUUUGGUGCUUAUCUUAACUGCAAUUUUAUUGCUGUGUUAUGUCAAUGCCCAAGAUGGCAAUCGUCUUCUAUCGCCAAUUGACCGAUUUACGGGCAAGGGGCCAAUUGGUUUGGUAGUCUCAGACAGGAAGCCACCAGCCAGUGAUCCAAUUGACCGAUUUACGGGCAAGGGGCCAAUUGGUUUGGCAGCCGCAGACAGGGAGCCACCAGCCAGUGAUCCAAAACGUCUAAGACUCUUCCUGCAACAGAAAAUCGCCAGGGCUGAGGGUGUACUAUUUACAUUGUCACGGGAUGUCAGAAGGAUCAGAACCAAAUUGGGUGAGGUACUCGAUGAUCAGACUAGACUGCACAAGGGUCUCGAGGUAUCCAGAUCAGCUGUGAAGGAAGCAAAAUCGAAGAAUUUACGAGUUUUAUUAAGAUAUAACCGGGCACUUGCGCAAUUAGAGGAUUGCAAGCGUACGAGGCCUGGUCGUAUCGUAGGAAUGAUUGAGAAACUGCGAGAAUUUGAAAAGGUCAAUGAUGCCAGAGUCAAACUAAUGUAUCUGUCCAGAUACCUUAAUAUGAUGAGAGAUAUACGGGAGCAUGUCAAUAGAGAGAAAAGGUUCGCAGCAGGGUUAACGGACCUCAAAAUUGGCGGUUUAUUUAUUUAAAAAACCAUCGCUGUGUGUCUAAGAAAGUUGCCGUAGUCGCAAGCAUUCUAAAAAGUGUCGCUCAUUUUGUGCUCUAAGUAAACCAUAAAUUGUAUAAAAUUUUCAAUAAAGAGAACACACAGCGUCAAAAUAGCGUCAAAAA